AUGGCCUGGACCAGCAAUACCUCCUGGUUUAACCACCUGGCUCUGCAUGAAGAACGCUUCAGGAGGUACCUGAACAGCACCGAGGAUUACUUAGCCUUCCUGUGUGGGCCCAAAAGGAGCCAUCUCUUCUUGCCCAUGGCUUUGGUGUACAGUUUGAUCUUCAUUGUUGGGGUGAUAGGUAACUUCCUAGUUUGCCUGGUGAUCCUUAAGCACCGGAACAUGAAGACCCCGACCAAUUACUACCUCUUCAGCCUCGCUGUCUCAGACCUGCUUGUGCUGCUUUUUGGGAUGCCCCUGGAAGUCUACGAGAUGUGGAGCAACUACCCCUUCUUGUUCGGGCCCAUCGGCUGCUAUUUCAAGACAGCGCUCUUUGAGACAGUGUGCUUCGCCUCCAUCCUCAGCGUGACCACGGUCAGCGUGGAGAGAUACUUUGCCAUCCUCCAUCCCUUCCGCGCCAAGCUGGAGAGCACCCGCAAGCGUGCCCUGAGGACCAUCGUGGUGCUCUGGGUCCUCUCUGUCCUCUUCGCCCUCCCCAACACGGGCACCCAUGGCAUCAUGCUGCAGUAUUUCCCCAACGGCACCCUGGUCCCUGGCUCUGCUACCUGCACCGUAGUCAUGCCCAUGUGGAUCUACAACUGCAUCGUCCAGAUCACAUCCUUCCUCUUCUAUGUGCUGCCCAUGGGGGUCAUAAGUGUGCUGUACUAUCUGAUGGGGCUAAGAUUGAAAGGAGACAAAUCUUUGGAAGUGGAGGAAAUGUCUGUGAAUGUCCAGAGGCCAUCCAGAAAAUCAGUCACCAAGAUGCUGUUUGUCCUCGUGAUGGUUUUUGCUGUCUGCUGGGCUCCGUUCCAUAUUGAUCGCCUCUUCUUCAGCUUUGUUGUGGAAUGGACUGAGCCUCUGGCUAACAUAUUCAACCUAAUUCACGUGGUGUCAGGUGUGUUCUUCUACCUGAGCUCUGCCGUGAACCCCAUCAUCUACAACCUGCUGUCUCAGCGCUUCAGGCUGGCUUUUCUCAGCGUCAUCUCUCCUCACUGCAGGCACUGGGCCCCUAAGCACCCCACCAGCCAGAUUCCUGCCCAGCAGAGCAUCUUUGUGGUUGAGGACCACAACCUUGCAGACUCUGCUGAAGACACAAGCGUCCCUGGCACCCACAGGACGUCUGUCAGCAGUUCUCAACUCUCCACUGGUCUGUGACUUGUCGUGCUGUGAUCCACAUGAGAGGCAAACUGAAGAAAACGACUUUGCGAAAUAACAAGAGACAGUCCUAAAAGACCAAUUUCAGAAAGAAGAGCUCACAGACUGUGUCUCAAAGAAUGAACGAGUGAAUAAAUGCAUGAGGAGACUGUAAUUAGUAGGUUAUUGAGAGGCAUUGUAUUACCCUCAAGCUAAUGGGAGGGCUGGAAAUCUCAGUUCACUGUCUGCAAGCUCUGCCAGCAAAGACCUACUUUACAGAAGCAGCACCCACUCUAAAUGCUGCCAGCACAGGAGAGAGACACAACUUAUCCAAAUCGUACCAAAUGGCCUUUUUGUGCACCAGCCUAAACGUCAGUUUUUACUCAGCUUGAACUGGGACAAUUUUCUGGACAAGCCUUGUCUGCCCACUUCUGGCUUUAGGGAAGCCACUCCCGUUUCUGUCUCCAGUGAUCUUGAGAUGUGUCUGUUACAAACCUCUUGUGGCAAUAUGAUCAAGUAGACAUUAACGAGCCCUGAGCUGAGCUGGUACACCUCAGACACCAGCACCAGCAGUCGCUAUUUCUAGACCAGGAGAAUGAGGAACCAAAGGUUAU